AUGCAGAUUCUCUCUCACACUCUGCUUUUGUCCGCCGCGUGCGGCCUGGCUGCCUCUGCCGCUGUGAACCUGCAGGACAAGCGUUCCAUCGUCAAGCGUGAUGGUGUUACCUACAAUGUCUUUGAGCACGCCGCUACCGGUGCCAAGAUGGAGUUUGUCAAGAACUCUGGUAUUUGCGAGACCACACCCGGAGUCAACCAGUACUCGGGCUAUCUGUCCGUCGGAGACAACAUGAACAUGUGGUUCUGGUUCUUCGAGUCCCGUGCCAACGCCAGCAGCGCUCCUUUGGCCGCCUGGUUCAACGGUGGUCCGGGAUGCUCGUCCAUGAUCGGCCUGUUCCAAGAGAACGGCCCCUGCCACUUCGUCAACGGAGAGAAGAAGCCCUCGUUGAACAAGUACAGCUUCAACGAAUAUGCCAACGUUCUUUACGUUGACCAGCCCAUCGGCGUGGGCUUCUCCUACGGCACCGACGAUGUCACCAGCACCAAGACCGCUGCGCCUUAUGUCUGGAAAUUGCUGCAGGCUUUCUAUGCUCAGUUCCCGCAGUACGAGAACCGCGAUUUCGGUAUCUUCACCGAGUCUUACGGUGGCCACUACGGCCCUGAGUUCGCCUACCACAUCCAGGAGCAGAACGAGGGUAUCAAGAACGGCAGCGUUGAAGGCGAGAAAAUCAACCUGGUUGCGCUUGGCAUCAACAACGGCUGGUUCGACACGAAGCUCCAAGAGGGAGCUUACAUCGACUAUGCGUAUAAGAACAGCUACAAGCAAAUCAUCGACGACAGCCAGCGCUCUUCGCUUGAGGACUCCCUCAAGAACGACUGUCUACCAGCCGUCGAGCAGUGUCUCUCCUCUGGAUCGGACUCUGACUGCCAAGACGCUUCUUCAACCUGCGGCGACAUUGAAAACACUAUUAUCCAAGCUGCCGAUUUCGAUGUCUACGAUGUUCGCGAGCCGUCCGACGAUCCUUACCCACCUGCGACUUACAGCAGCUACCUGGCCGACUCCUCUGUUGUCAAAGCAAUUGGUGCUAAGUCGACCUACCAGGAAUGCCCGAAUGGUCCAUACAACAAGUUCGCCAGCACUGGUGACAACCCUCGCUCUUUCCUCUCCGAGUUGUCUUCUGUUGUGAAAUCUGGAAUCCAAGUCCUUGUCUGGGCUGGUGAUGCCGAUUGGAUCUGCAACUACAUUGGUGUCCAGCGUGUCGCCGAGGCUGUUGAAUUCGACGGCUCGUCCCAGUUCUCCAAUGCCACGUUGAAGCCGUACACCGUGAACGGCACGAAGAAGGGCGAGUACAAGAGCGUCGACAACUUUUCUUACUUGAGAGUGUAUGGAGCCGGCCACGAGGUACCCUACUACCAACCCGCCGUCUCACUGCAAGUCUUUAAGCAGACCAUGCAGCAGCAAGCCAUCAAGUCUACCUAA